ACCUCGGCGAGGAGGACCCACUGGGUUUUUUUCGUCCAAGAUGGCAGCCUCCAGCCGCGCACAAGUGCUGGAUCUGUACCGCGCGAUGCUGAGGGAGAGCAAGCACUUCAGUGCCUACAAUUACAGAACGUAUGCCAUCAGGAGGAUAAGAGACGCCUUCAGAGAAAAUAAGAAUGUAGGGGACCCUGCGGAAAUCCAAGCCCUAGUGACUAAAGCCAAGAGAAACCUGGGAAUAAUCCGCCGACAGUCUUUCAGGUGGACCCACCCGGGCAGCCGUGACACUAGUGGCACCACUGCCAGCAUGGUACGACGUCCAGUUUUUGAAGAAGUCUCUGAGCAGAGAUUUCCCCCUGAUUCUCCUGAGGCAGAGAAACCAAGGUGCAGGAAACCCGAUGUCUUGCCUGGCUGACACCUGCGGGCAGACGUGUGGCUACGAUGCUGGGUACAUGGCUCUCUAGUGAAGCGGUGAUAAUUCUGUUCCAAAGUGCCUGGAACAAGUCUUCUCUCUGAUGAACAUGCAAUCUGGACCACGAGGGAGGGAUGGCCCCCCGCCCUGGUGACACUGCUGUCAUGGGUAUGCUGAGGACUCUUUGUCCAGCCAGGUUCUGGAGCACAGCCUUCUGGAGUAAGGCUGGUGGUGGCUGCUGACCCUCCUCGGGGCGUGACACAGUGCAGAGCUGUGGUACCUGGGGGUGGGUACCCAUAGUUACUCUAAUAAAUGCCUUUGGAAGAGGAAUCAGAUGGAGUAUCUUCAGAGCGGCAACAUGGACAAAAGAACAAAGAUGGCAGCAACGUCUAUGGCCUUUCUUGCUUCUCCUUCUGACAUGAGGCACCCGAGGAGCCCAGUUUAUGGUCUCAGGUGCUGCCUAGACUAAGAGUGGUCCCCCAGCCCAGCACGUGGCCCCGCCUCUGUGCAGCCUUUUUGGCGCCCCCGGCACAUACAUGCAAGGCCUCUCCCCCAUCUCUGAGCCACUUGGGAAAGUGGGUGCCAGCCCAGGACUUGGCUUCAGCAGACAGAAAGGAUUCAGGUGAACUGCCAGGCCCACCUGUCUUUACAGAAACAUUUUAUAUAGAGAGAAAGUGGAAAACUGUCUCCACUGGUUCCAUGAUGGGGCCGGAUGCAUGGGUUUGGAGAGAGAGCAGAGGCUGACAGCCUCCUAAUAUCAGGGGAGAGGGGUCCAGAAAUGAUGAGGAAAGGACCCGCCCAGGUCCCGCUCCUGGCGGGCAGUGGGCCACUGCUAUGGAGAACGAGCCAAAGGAGCUGGACUUGCCGAUCUGCCCCCUCACUCCUGCAGUCAGGGCGAGCCUCAGGCGCUGGGAAGGCCAGUGAGACAUGCCAAUGCUGCUGGAGCCCCUCAGGCCUGGCACACAGACUCAGUGUCCCUGCACAGCAAGGAAGCAGAGGAAGGAGGGCCUCUGAGGGAGGCUGAGCCAGGAUGACGUGGUCUCUAAAUGUCUGGGGGACAAGACUGGGGUUGACUUAAGAAUAUCCUUAUCCUGCAGUUUCCCCUGACUCAGCUCGCGUCCUUGAACUUCUGAGUUUGCCCUAAGGAACUGAGACCUGAAGUUGGGUUGCUUCCACC